AUGGCCCAAGGGGCUGUUGCUUUUGUGCCGACCAAUGGCACAAAUGGUGUAACACUGACAACAGAGAAUAUUCGUGAAAUUCAGGAGUACGAGAAGAUAAUUUCAUUUCGAGAUGCUAUUCUCGCAGGAACUCAUCCGCGCGUCAAAGUUCCUUCUCAUAUUAUAGGAGUGGGAAAACAGAGCAGUUUGGCUCGUAAUAUUCCAUCGUCCAAUACAUCAGCAAUGCACGCAAAUGCGCAAGCUGCCAUCGACUCGGCGCCGUCCUCGAAUAAUCAUUCACCGGUCAAUUAUCGUGCUGCCGCGGCGAAUGGCCACGUUGCGAAACAGUCUGUAUCUACGAUUUCUACUAAAUCUGUGAAAGCUUCAGAGAUUAAUCCAAUUCUAUUGGAAAAAUCUGACGAUCUUAUAAAGGCGGAAAUACAAUUGACGAGGCAGAGGUUGGAAAGAGGUCUCAGGGAUCAAAUGGACCAACAUCGUCUGGCUCAGAAAGCUUUGCUUCAGACAUCUGAAUCCCUCCCCGAUUUUGAUCUUACCGAAGUCUUGCAAAAGGCUCUUGCUAUAGUUCAUCCCGCCACGGCUCCAGAAGUCGAACCUUCUAUUGUUGCUGGAAGUGAUUCGUUUGAUGAAAAUUCUUUCUAUUCUAGUCAGCAUGAUACCCCAGAGCCAUCCAAUUCAUCGCAUAGCCACAAACCAACCCUCAAUGGGCAAGUACGCGGUGAGGUAUCGAUUGAAGCGCGGACAGCUCAGACUGAUCCUGCCACCAUUCAAGUUGAAGACAAUGAAGUGGUUAUGAUUGGUAGUUCACUAUCCCAAGAUAACCAUUUAGCAUCUCAAAGGCAGUCACAAUCACAGUAUCGUCCACUAGGAAAUCUGAACAACUACCCCACUGAACAACAAUCUCCAAAUGACUAUCGUGGAAAAGUCACCCAAAUACCACCACAUCUUAGGGGCGUGCAACGUAGAGUAUCGGCCAUUGUUGAUCUUUCCCAGGACAGUACAGGUUCUGACAGCGCGGGUUCUCAGCAGUUGAGUGAUCGAGUGGCCCCGCCAAAGGCACGCGAUAUCGAUGUGCAGCAACCGCUUAACCACCGAGCCCAUAACCUAUCUCCCUUUGCACCACAACCCGCUCGAGUUUCACCAUUAGCUACUGCAAGAGAUCCUCCCAUCCUGCGAGAUGCCCUUCCUGUUGAUGAGGCACAACCACCUCAGGUUGCUGCACUCCGAAAUGCGGCUUCGGGCUUAUCAAGUGCAGAGAGUUCCCCUAGUGGGCGUGCGCGCAGGAUGACAAAUAAGAAGAGGGGAAAGAAGAAGAAGCGUAAGGCUAUUGACAGUGGUCAAAUCGAUACACCAGAUUCCCCGUACAUUAAGGUAGAGCCUCGCUCACAAUCUCCUAUUACUGCUGCACCUUUGCCACGGCCACAAAAGAGACAGCGACAGUCUGGUCAACACGCGGAGCUUAACUAUGAUGAGGCUAGGUAUGAGCCAGUCGAGGUGGUCCCAGAAGCUGCCCCUAAAAAAUACGAAGACGCUCGAGCUUCUGCGCGUUACGAGGAUCGUUAUGUGGAUCGAUAUGGAGAAGUUCGACGACCCGAGCCUGUAUAUCAGCGUGUGGAGCGGGAUGAAGCGGAAUAUCAAAGAGUUGAUAGUGGAGGACAGUAUACAAGACGACAAGCAUCUCCAGUUUAUGCUUUACCAUACUCUCGACCAAUUAGAGAAAGCUCUCAUGCCAUCGUGGACCGACAAAUUAUGGAGGAACCUAGAUAUUACGCGGAAAGAGAGCGACCUGCAUUGUCCAGAAUGAGCGUUCGCCCAGAUGCUGAUCGCGAGAGAUCUCGCUCACCAAUUAUGAGAGAAAGAAGAUCACCGAUUCCGAUGGGACCCCCACGCCAACCUGUUAGGAUUAUUGUUGAUGCAUACGGCCGUGAGUAUAUCGAUCCUGCACCCGCACCUCCCAUGCGUCAAUCGGUUGCUCCAAUUGCCCGGAGGCAUGAUGACGGAGAACUUUAUUACGAGCGAGCCCCUGUCAGAACAAUGUCCACUCGCCCACCUGUGGAGACGUUUGAAGAGGAUGGAGUAUUAUACAGGAGAGCUUCUCCCGUCCUUGCCGCCCCACGACGUAUCAUUACACAACCAGAGUACGCCCAUCCAGAAUAUCGUUCUUACCGUGAACGUGAAUAUUCCGUACGACCAACUCCGAUGGGACCACCAGGAGAAGACUAUGUGAGAGUUAGAGCCCAACCUGAACGUCGUCAGGUUAGCCAAUUUGAGGAAGUUCCUCGUGAGUAUAUGUCUCGACCACAGAGUGUUCGACCAGAAGCUAUUAGAUAUGAGGUACCAAGAGAGUAUGUUGGAAGACUUCCAAGUGUCCGGCCCGAAGCGUCUCUUAGGGAAUAUGCCCCAAGCGUUCACCCAGAAGUUCGUCGGGAAAUUAUGGCUCCUCCACGUCGGGAGUUCAGCGUUCGUCCUACGGAUAUAAUCCCUCGUAGUCAUCAACCGACGGCAGCAGAAGGGGAUAGAUACUACGAAGUAGAGAAUCAGGGGCCGGCUAUUGUUGAGCGACCCCGGGACAGGGAAGGUUCAGUGUUUAUUUAUGCGGAUGAUAUUCCAAGGAAAGUUUAUCGUUGA